GUUCACAGCCAAGGGUUUUUGGUGGAGGAGGAUGGGAACGCGCAGACGUGCCGUGUGCUGCUGAGUGACGUGACAGGAGAGGCGGUGUGUGCGUUCCUGCGAUACCUUUAUGCUGCUGAUGCUGACAUCCCUGCUGGGGUGCUGCCCCAGGUGGGGGCUCUGGCUGCCAGGUUUGGUGUGAGGGAACUGGUGGCAAAGUGUGAAAACAACACUGGAGAGAGUCAGGUGUCUUCUGGAGUGGAUUCAGAAGAUGAUCUUAUCUCUGUGAGGGAUGACAAAGAUGGUGAGGACAGAGCUGAGAACUUCCAAGACCUCUUGAAGUCAAUGUGGGUGGGUGAAGAUGAGGAAGAAGAACCCAUGCUGAGCCCUGAAUGCCAGAAGGAAGAUGACAAUGGGGUGGGUGAACAGGAGCUGGAGGAAAUCUAUGAGUUUGCUGCAACUCAGAGAAGGAUGGUUCAAGGUGAAACAGAGGUGAGCGAGGAAACAGACUGCAGCAUCUGCAGUGAUACUGAGGCAGCCCAAGGUACAAACCUGCAAACUGAGGAGGAAGAGGUAAAGACAUCUGGAUCUGCUUCAAUAAGCAACAGCUUCAAAGAUCUGAGGGAUGACAAUGAUGUGGAAAGAUCUAAAUGUGACUUGUCUGCACAAGAAGACAAAAUGCAGAAUAUAAAUAGGUGUGAGAGUGUGAGCAAUCCACAGACUACUUUUGUGCCUCACCACAGUGAACCUCAAAAAUGGGACGUAGCAUCCCAUGGUGCCACCACUAAUGAAGAAGAGACCGUUAGGAGAUGUGAAGGUGUGAAGGAUUCCGAGUCAUCUCAGGUCUCACAUGAUGGGGCAGAUCACUGUGAAAAACAGUUUCCUAGCUUCCACGGUGAUACUGAUAUAAACGAAAGUUAUGAACGCUUGUUUUCUGCAACUCAGGGAGAUUACUGUGAGCCUUCCCCAACGAAAGAAGUUACCAAAGAAUCAGGAAAGGCUCCUAGCGAAAAACAUGUUGAUGUUAAUGAUUCAUUUCCGUACAGCAAAUCACAAAAAGACCUCUCUCCACAUAGGAAUAGUUUUUAUGGGAGUCCUCCUCCCAAACCUUAUGUGCCCCUUUUUCCUGCUGUUGGCUCUUCACCUGCAUCUCCAAAAUCAGAGAGAAAGUUUGCCAGAGAACAUGUGUCAACACCAGAGCAAAACAAAAAGGAAAAAUCAUUCCCAACUGACGAAAUAUCCUGUCAGAAAGCCAACGAGCUGGAUACUGCGUCAAGAAAUGAGAACACAGUUUCUCCAGCCGAGCUUCCUGACAUUGAUUUAAACAAGCGCACGUAUGUCCCAGGGUUGUCAUCACCAGUCAUCAGAACUCAGGAUGAUGCAGCUCAGGGGAAGGAGGAGGGUGAUGUUAUUGUUUUAUCUUCUGAUGAUGAAAUGGAGUUACAAGAAGACAAGAAGUUGCCAGAGUCAGGCUCUGCUCUGAAAGAAAGGGAAAUCCUUGGGCAACUGGAAUGUACAAACGUAGAACAAGGUCCUGAGAUACCAAAACCUGAACCUAACUCAUCAGUCACUGAAACAGAGCAGAGAUCUACCCAGGUCUCAGGUGGCAUUACAGAGACAGUGUAUAUAAAUAAGGGUGUAAAGCUGUCCACCGAAUUGCCUCUCAGCAGACAGAUAGAUGCUUGUAUGGAGAGCAAACACAGUCCAAACCCGAGCCCUGAAAAAAAGUUCAGUCCUGAAGUGUCUUCGGGUACAGACAGCUCCUGGCUAGUGCCAGACACACCGGUUCUGAGCAAAAGCAGAAGUUUCACAACACAGACUCACGUCACAAGUAUUAAUUCUUUGAAGAGUCUAGGAUCUAAACUCAGCACAAAGAAAUUAGCAGCAGGGAAGAGUAACCAUGAAAUGGCUGGAAAUUUAAUAAAAGUUUGUGAAACAACGUUAUCAAGCAAACAUUUGCCUAUGGAGAACUCAGUCAGUGAAAGGAGCCCUCCCAGCAGCCCAGCAGCAGGAUCAUUUUCCAAGAACUCCCCACCAGUUUCUCCAGUGGAUCCAGUUCUCCUCUCCCCUGGGCACACCAACGUAAAAAGCAAAUGUGCCAAGAUCUCAUUUUUAUCCAAACCUGUGCCUCUGUGCCAUGAGCAGUCAUUGGAAGAUAAAACAAAUAUCAGCGUGGUUGAAGUAGAGGACAGCGAAAAGGAAGUAAGUCUGCAUUCUGUGAGCAGUAGUGUCUUGCUUUGUGAUGAGCCCCCAAUCCCCUUUGAUGACUGCUGGCAUGUUGAGUAUCUGUCACCAGUCAGAGGUCACAGCCAGGACUCCAACCAGGUCAGCCGUGCAAAGACCAGCACUACCAGCAGCCCCAAACCAGGCUCUUGGCAUGAGCAGUGGGAGAGCCCAGUCCACGCAGAGGAGAUUAAGGGCAGUACCCCUCUUCCAGGAAGUCCUGUCAGCAGAAGAACAACUUUGCUGUGUCUUGAAAAGAGUCCUAUUGAGGCAUGUUCGUCAGUGGGCAAUAGACCAAGUUACCUGAACUCCAAAAUCUGGGAUGAUUGGAAUGGAGAGGAGGAGGAAGAUGAAUUUCCAGAGAUGCUUCCUCUGUCUCAGAGGUUAUCAGCUGCAGCAGGUGCCCAUCAGACACAUCCUGUAAAGACUCCUGAACCUUCCUGUCAGGAGAACGACAAGCCUCCCAGCACUCCGAUGACACCAAUGCCAGCUUACUCCAUCAUGGAGACCCCACAGCUGAAGAAGGAGUUGAGCAGAUUUGGAGUUCGUGCUCUCCCAAAACGCCAGAUGGUGUUGAAGCUGAAGGAGAUAUUCCAGUAUACUCACCAGGACGUGGACUCUGACUUUGAGGAUGAAAUCCCAUCUUCCCAGCCUCCCCUGCGGAAGUCCCCGGCCAAACGUUCUAGGCAGUCAAAGGCAAAACAGACUGCAGGUGGAAAGCGUGCCAAUGCCUCGAGGGCUGUGGGCAAAAGGAAGCAGGUUGCUACGGCUUCUUCAGUGCUCCCUGUGGGGAGGGCUGAUGAUGACCUUGUUGGACCCCGAGAAACAGGCUGUGCAGCACCCAAGGAGGGAACUAAAGUGACACAUCACCCAGAAGGAGCCAAAGAGCAGAAAAGAUCAUCUGUAUCUCCAGAGAGAUGGUCUCUGGCAGCUGAUGGUGAGGAACCGAUCCUCUCAGCAUCUCAGGAGUCUGCAGUUUCUUCAGUGGAUGGAAGCGACAUCUCUUUUGGUUCACAGAGUUCUUUCGUGAAUGGAUUUGAAGCCUGUGAUUUUGCAUCCGAGGAAGAGGAAGAGGAGCUUCCAGCAUCUCAGGCAGCAGCUCGGGAAGAAGAUAAGCUGGAGGCAGUAAGGUGCUACAUCCGUUCAAACACAGCCCUGUACAACAAGAUUCUCUUUUAUGAGCCAAUUGAGCUGGCUGCGUUGCAUGCAGAGCUGAAACAGAAUGGCAUUAAAAUUUCCAAGGCAAAGCUGCUGGACUUUUUAGACGCUCAUUGUAUAACAUUUACCACGGCUGGAGCCCGGAAGGAGAAGGAACAGAAAAGAAAGGGGAACAAAAAACAGAGGAAACGGUACUGAAUGGAACCAACUCCUCCAUGCUGAAAAUUUUGUACAUGAAGGCCUUCCUGAUAAGCUGGAAUCCCUGUUCCAGACUGGUGCUGGCAGUGGUGCUGCGAUCGGUGGGUGCACUGCUCCUCCUUGUGGCCUGCUCUCCAGAUGACAUGCUGGAGAAUGGCUCUCA